UUUCUAGAUGUAACUUGGUUGGUUCUAUCGACGGGACAGACAUCUGAAUCACCCAGACAGUGAAUGCACCUCCGGUCUGUGGGCUGUUGAAUUGGAUGUGUUGUUGGUGUCUCUGGCGCCUCUAGCUGAAACAUUGCGCCACUUGAGAGAGAAACUGCAAUUGAGUCUUUGUGGAUCCAGGUUGUCUGAAUGAAUGGAGGAGAGCCGAUGGUUGAUCGAAGAGGGCGGCGAGACGAAGCAGCGGACAAUAUGUGUUCAACUUCAGCAGCACGUUGUGUAAAGUUGAUAGAAGGAAGUCCAUCCAUGGAUCUGCUGUUUUAAAGGCCAUGAAGAAGAUUUUUUCCUCGUAAUCCCAUCCCCGCACCGAGCUUCACCAACAGACGUUUUCGUUGGACGUCGAGAUUUAUUUUUCGCGUGUGUGCAGCCAGCAACAGGUCAUUUACAGCUUAGCACGGCGUCCAAACUUGCAGCUGCACCUCGGUGGUUAUUAGACCUGUGGCAACUUUUCGUUGUAUGAAACCGAGGGAUGCUUUCUUUUUUUUUUGGCCACUCUUUUCCGUGCAUUCACCGUGAUGUGAGUUUGCAGCUUUGUGCUCGCCACACACCAGAUCUCGCAGGCUGAGCGCACUGCGUUUUAGAGGAGGGCGACAGCAGAAAUGGGAAGAAUAUGAGAAUGCCAUAGAGAAGACUGCUAAUUAAACAUUGCUGGGUGAUUAGCAUUGAGCCUGCCGCCCCGACAGACGGACCUGUGUGGAGCUUGUGUUGCUGUAAGGGAUUUUUCAAGGAGGAUCGCCUGCAUAGAUGGUGCCAAACAAGUGGACCAUGAAUUCAGUUCUGCACAAAUCGCCACCAAGGAGCUGGCUCGGUCUCAGAUUACGACUCAAUGACAAGCCUGUCCAGGAGGAGGACUGGGUGGUGUGCCAGCACCCUGAGUGUCCUGAGCGCCGGAGGGCCUCUAAGGUUUGCCACCACCCAGACUGCCAAGACCUGAAUAGCAAAAGUCCCCUUCACCUGUGUGAGUCAUGUGACUCACGCUGCCAUUCAGAGAACACAGACAACAUGCACUUUGACCGGCACCCCCGAUUUGACUUACAACCUCAAGCCUCCAUCCUGGCUCGGAACGUGUCUACGCGCUCCUGUCCCCCACGCACCAGCCCCCCCUCCGACCUGGAGGAAGAGGAUGAGGGGAGCAAUGACCGUGGGGAGCAUAAAACAGGGGGGAUGAAGUUGGUGAAAAAGAAGCCACGGAGACGACACACUGAUGACCCCAGUAAGGAGUGCUUCAGCCUUAAGUUUGAUCUCAACGUGGACAUAAACACAGAGAUUGUACCUGCAAUGAAAAAGAAAACCCUGAGAGAGGUUCUCGGUCCAGUGUUUGAGAGGAACGGCAUUGAGCUGUCCCGGGUCGACUUGUUCCUGGAUCAGUCCAAUACGCCGCUGUCCCUCAACUUCGAGGCUUACCGUUUUGGAGGACACUACCUCAAAGUCAAAGCACGGCUAGGUGAUGAGCUGAAGGUGGAGCAGGGUGUGAAGGACUUGCGGUCGCUCAGUCUGCCCAACAUGAAGCCCUCUGCAGGUCAGAGCCCCUACAUCCUCACCCCAGGCAGCGAGAGGGUGGAGCAUGGAUCUCUGGGACGUCGAGAAAGCAUAGAUCUGUUGGGUCAGGCGCGACGGAGGAAGAACAUGACAGAGUUUCUGGGGGAGACGAAUAUUCCUACCCCAGAUUCUUUGGGACAGGUCGGGGGCUCCCUGCCCGGCGUCGCUGGCGGGCCCGACAGCUGGAAGAACCGCGCUGCCAGCCGCUUCAGCGGCUUCUUCAGCUCCAACGCCGGAGUAGGUCCCUUUGGCAAGGAGGUGGACCGUCUGGAGCAGCUCCAGAGCAAGCUCCACUCCUACACGUUGUUUGGGCUGCCAAAAGUGCCGCGGCAGCUCUCCUUCCACCAGGAUUCCUGGGAGGAGGGGGAGGACACCAACCUGGCCCUGGAGGACAGUUGGCAGAUGCUACUGGACAACUCAGAGACAUUGACAAGGCGACAGUUCCACCAGCAGGAGGCAAUAUGGGAGCUGCUGCAAACAGAGGCUACCUACAUAAAGAAACUCAGAGUCAUCACUGAUCUGUUCCUGUGUGCGCUGCUGAACCUGCAGGAGAGCGGUCUGCUGACAGAGGUGGAGCCUGCCAAGCUGUUCAGUAACAUCCAGGAUAUUGUCUGCCUCCACACAGCCCUGUGGAACCAAGUCAUGCUGCCUGUCCUGAAUAAGGCCAGGCAGGCCCGGGCCUUGCUCGACCCCACUGACCUUCACCACGGCUUCAGGACGUUUGGCUCCAGGUUCAAGCCCUACAUCCGUUACUGCAUGGAGGAGGAGGGCUGUAUGGAGUACAGGAGCAUGCUUCACAGGGACAACGAGCUCUUCAGGGCCUACGUCACGUGGGGAGAGACCCAUAAGCAGUGUAACCGUCUGAAGCUGGCCGACAUGUUGGCAAAGCCUCACCAGAGACUGACCAAAUAUCCACUCCUACUGAAGAGUGUUCUGAAAAAGACGGAUGAGCAGUCAGCCCGCGACAUUGUCAACAGCAUGGUGGCUGCAGUAGAGGGCUUUAUCAAUAGCGUGGACUCCCAGAUGCGACAGCGUCAGGAACAACAGAAGCUGGCCACCAUUUCUGCCCGUAUAGACUCCUACGAGGCUGUAGAGGGCAGCAGUGAAGAGGUGGAGAAAAUCCUCAAGGAGUACAACCGCUUCGACCUCAUGGCUCCCAUGAGAGGAAUAUCACCGGAGGAGACUCGACAGCUGCAUCUCGAGGGAGCGCUGAGGAUGAAAGAGGGCAAAGACAGUCGGAUGGAUGUCUACUGUGUCCUGUUCACUGACCUGCUGCUAAUUACCAAGCCAGUGAAAAGAGUGGAAAAAGUCAAAAUUAUCCGCCAGCCUCUCCUCAUUCACAAUAUCGUCUGUAAGGAGCUCAAAGACCCUGGCUCAUUCAUCCUCAUCUACCUCAAUGAGUUUAAGAGUGCAGUGGCAGCCUACACUUUCCAAGCCAACAGCACCACCCAGGGGCGAAGCUGGAUCGAUGCAAUCUGCAAUGUCCAGAACCAGCUCCAGAGGCUCCGCACUGAGGAGGUUGUCCGGCAGCAGAAGAGCCCGAAGAGAUGUACAGAGGGUGAGGUAGAAGAGGAGGGGGAAGAUGAUAGCAGCAACUCCACUACAAGUUCCCCAUGCUUGGGGCACAAAGACCAGCAGAACUCAAGUCAAUCAGAUGGUUCCACUGAGACCCUGUCAGUGAUGGAGAUUGAUGAACCAGGUGAACACCAAGAGCCUCCUGCCCCCAACAUGAACCUCGGGGGAGCCACUGAAAAAUACUCAGACUCAGAUGUGGCUCCCUUGUCUGAAAGGUCUGAGGUCCAGCAGUCUCAGUCCACAAGCCCCCGCAGAAUUCACUCCAGCGUUUACUCUGAGCACGAUCAAGAGACGGGGCCUGAUGGCGAGGAGCUGGACCCCCAGUGUCGCUCUCUCUCCAUGGACAGCGCCUACGGUACCCUCUCCCCUGAAUCCCUCCUGAGAGAACUUCAGCCACAGCCCGGCCGAAGUGAAGGAGAGGAGACCGAGGAGGAAGAGGGAGACAGGGAGGGCGAGGAGGUGGAGCUGGAAGAGGCAGGGAUAGAGGAGGUAGAAGAAGAGCAGGAGGAAGAAGAGGAGGAGGAUGCUGCCUCCUCACUGGGGUCCCAGCUGUCAGUAGUCCAGACCUCUAAACCUCGCCGGCGGCCUCAUGUUCAGCCACGACUCCACUGCCUCCAGAGGCUGUCCACUCUGGCCUUAUCCCGCUCUGAGGACAAUCUGCUGCAGCGCCUCCACGGUAAAACCCCCAUAUCCCACACACACUCACUAAGCUCUAAGGUGGAGCUUAGUGACCAAUCACAAUGUAAGGACAUGGACACAUCACCGCUGGCACACAGUAAAAGCUUGUCAGAGCUGGGCCAAAACUGCAAGGAGAUGUUUUCCAGUGACCUCGACCAGUCUGACGACUGCUUGAGCAUGAGCAUGCCCUCUGACAAAUUCUGUGCCACCCUGAGGAAGGCGGAGGCCAGGCACGGCCACACGGCGCCCGCUGGACCACAUGAGAGUGAUGAGUCCCAAAGCAACAGCUCAGACGGGGAAACAUCUCCAUCUGCCUGGGUAGAUCGGAAAAACGAGUCAACAGCCACCGGUGAUUCAGGGGAAAUGUCCCCCAAAAAGAGGAAAUCACCAACCCAGCAGCAUAAGAAGCUGACACUGGCUCAGCUGUAUAGGAUACGCACCACUCUUGUCCUCAACUCCACACUCACUGCAUCGGAGGUAUAACCACUCUUCCAAACAGCUGACCAGUGACAUGUGGGCAAAAUAAGGAACAACACUUGUUUUGCUUCGAUGGACUGAAUUUCUUGAGACACAAAUGCACUCUCUCUCUUGCUGCCCUCUCCCUUCCUGUUGCUUUUUGGACACUGAUCGUACCAUUUUUGCAUUUGAACAAUAACAAAAAUUAUUGUUUUUUUGGCUGUUGCAUUAGUUUUCCCAAUUUGGUUUUGGAAGGGAGAGGCAGAGAGACAUUAACUGCUUGCACUUUGCAACGGAAGUAGCAUUAUGGGGGCUUGGACCUUAAGGUGGACUGGUGGAGUGUGCGAGGCGUGGAAGUGCUGCCCCUGCAGAGAGAGGAGACAUCCAGGCAGAGGUCUUAAAACCUCAUCCCUGCACUCUGCACCGGACAGGAGGUGGAGCUGAAUCCUGCAUUUUCUCCGUCUCUGUUAAAGAGUCAAAGAGGAUAGACACUGAGUCUUGAAAAUGCUCUCUACACGUGGCAAAUUAAAAAAAACAGCACCUAGGACGUCCUCCUAAUAUUUGUACUACUCCUGGUUUGCUUCAACAAAAGAAAAAUUUAAUUGCACAGUUAUCUAUGUUAAGUAGCAGAAUCACUAAGGAGUGAAUUUACAUUUACAGUCACACAAUGAAUUUGAAUUUAUUGUUUGCUGUUUGUGUCUGCUCGUGUACAGAUGUGUGUGUGUGUCUGUGGAUGCGACUGUGUGAAUGAAUGUCCGUCUGUGUUCGAUUCCUGACUGAACCAAAACUGAUUCCCAUCUCUUGUGAAUACGCUAACACGCCCAAAGAUGGAAGACCUGAGUUAGCCGGUAGAUUCCCAACAAAAAGUGCACCACAUGUCAUCACACAGACGGACUUCCUUCUUUACUGUUAAUCUUGUUUGAACUAAUGCCAUUUGGUAUGUGGAUCUAAUGAGAAGAUUGAUUUCCAAAAAAAACGAAAAAAACAAUGACUGAAUAUGGGUGACUAAAGCUGUGAGGAAUUUCCUGCACUAUAUAUAUUGUGGCUUGAGUGUACACUCACUACGGAGGCCUAAAUGUAUCAAAACCACGUGCACAAGCGAGAACAUGGUCAUAGGAAAAACAAAAAACAAGAAGUCUACACUUGAGUAAUGCCUGUGUUUGUAGCACCUUUUCCUCUGAGACGUUUCUUUAUGAUGGUAACACUAAUAAGAGAUUGAACAAAAGGUUUGGGUUGGAUAUUCUGUAAUGAGUGCAUCUGCAGAGCUAGCUUUAGUUGAAUGCAGCUUUUUCCAGGAGAUGUAAAAAAAAAUGACCACCAGAGGAAACUUAACAUUCACACUUGAUGUUCAGCGACUUAUAACCUUAUUCCAAACAUUGCCCAAAACCAAAUCGGUUAACUCUGUUUACUUUGUUUUUUUUGUUUAUGUGUAAUAUUUAUUAUGCCUGCUAUGUUUUAUAUAUAAGAUAUUGUUUAUAUUGUUUGCUUCCAUGAUUUGUACAUUUUUUUGUUAAUGUAGUCUUAAUAAUUUUUUUUUUCUUGCCAGGCAUGAAUGUGCUAUGAACCAAAAUCACGUGUUUUCCUCUUUCAGGAAUGACUUUAAAGUGUCUUACAAAAUAAAUGCUAAAAUACUUUACAAUCCCUCUUUUAAUGGUUUAAUCCAUUGUAAUGGAGCGAUUUGAGGGGAAAGGCUGAGUCGCAGUGGCGUCGCAUUAAAACAACAUGAACUGGUCGUACUGCUCUCGUCUCUCGUGUUUUGAACGCAGACAGACAGCAGGUGGCGAAAGAAUGUGUUUGGGGAGGUGAAGAAGAAUUACAGCAGAGAGGUCGUGACCGCGUGUGGCGGUAAUUCAUUACAUCAUCUUUUUUUAUGUCAUGAUGUUAAGCCAAACCUGUUGCUUUGAGCAGUGACUGUAAAACAGGGCCAGUUUUCCAAGCAAGCCUGCACUGGAGGAAAGAAGUACUGAAAUCUUUAACUGAAGUAGCAAUAGCACACUAUAAAAAUACUCCAUUAUAAGUAAAAGUCCUGCAUUUAUAAUUUUACUUAUUAGUAGAAGCAAAAUGAACUUAAAAUAUAAAAAAUGUAAGUACUCAUUAGGCAGCAGAAUGACCCCUAUAUGAUAUUAUUGGAUUAUUAUUACUGAUGCAUUAAAGUGUAAGUAGCAUUUUAAUGUUUCGGCUGGUUGAGGUGGAGCUAAUUUUAACUACAUACUGUUUGGUAGUUCAGUCUAUAAGUGCAUCUUGAGCUGAAACAAUUAGUCAAUUAAUCAAUUACUCAAUCAACGGUUUGAGUCAUUUUGCAAGCAAAAAUACCAAACAUCAAUGUGAGGAUUUGCUGCUUGUUUCUGUAAAUUGAAUAUCUUGUGACGGGCAUUUUCACUACUUUCUGACAUUUUAUAGACCAAAUGAUGAAUCGAUUAUACAAGAAAAUAAUUAAUCGUUAAUGAAAAUAAUCAUUAGUUGCAGCCGUAAAUGCAUUGGGUUGUAGAAGUUGAUCAUGUGUUUUGUAUGUAAAAUCUUAAUCUUUAAAGUAACUAUAGAUGUUAAAAGUAAUGGAGUAAAAAGUACCAUAUUGUAGUACAGAACUUGAGUAAAUGUACUUGGCUACUUUCCACUUCUGCAGAAAAGUGAUUUUAAUACGUCCAUAAUUAUGAAAUGUACUAAGUACAUUUAUGCAAGUAUCGUACUGAAGUGUAUUUUUAAAAUGGUACUAUUACUUGAUUUUGUAUUUCCAUUUUAUGCUACUUUACACUUCUACAUUUCAGAGGGAAAUAUUGUACUUUUUACUCCACUUUUAUCUCACAGCUAUAGUUACUUUACACACAAAGCAUAAGAUCAGCUAAUAAAUUAGAUUAAAUACCCAGUAGGUUAAACAGUUAGAACUCCACCACGACGAGCUGUAACAAACUGCUGCUUACAUGUUAAUGCAUCAGUGAUAAUAAUCCAAAAAUAUGAUAAAUAAUAACACUAAUACAACUGAGAAAGAGGACAUUUAAUGCAUAAGACUACUUUUACUUUAAGUACAUUUUGUAAAUGACACUUUCAUACUUUUAUGAAUACAGGACUUUUAUUGUAAUGAAGUAUUUUUAUAGGGUUGCUACUUUUACUUAAGGAAAGGAUCUCAAUACUUCUUCCACCACUGCAUAUUUGCAUAUACGUAGAUUAGUUAAGUCUGACUCUUAGACACAUUUUUUCCAGCACUGUGCGCAAAGUCUUGUAUCUGUGGGUCCCAUCCCCAUCUUGUAGUGGUGGAGGAAGUAUUGAAACCUUUUACUUCAGUCAAAGUACAAAUACAACAAUGUAAAAUAUACUCCGUUACAAGUCCUGCAUUCAACAUUUUACUUUUUACAUUAAAUAAGUGUUAGCAGCAAAAUGUACUCAAAGUAUCAAAAGUAAAAGUACUCAUUAUGCAGAAUGACCCCUUCCAGAGCGGUAUACUGUCAUAUAGUAUAUUAUUGUAUUCAUAUUAUUAUUGCAUUCAUUUUAAUGUUGUAGUUGGUUGAGGUGGUUUUAUAUACUGUUGUAUAGUGAAUCUAUUGAAAUGCAUUGUAUUUUUUAAGCUCAUCAUAUGUUUUGUAUGUAAAAAUAUUAAUAUUAAAAUUAAGUAUAGGUGUCAAAUAAAUGUAGUGGAGUAAAAAGUACAAUAUUUCCCUCUGAAAUUUAGUGGAGCAGAAGUAUAAAGUAGUAGAUAAUAGAAAUACUCAAAGUACAAGUACCUCAAAAUUUCUUGAGUAACUUGAAUAAAUGUAUAGUAUCACUUUUACAUUCAUAAGCACUAUAUAAACAUUUGAUAAAUUGUUUAUAACACUAAUGUAGUUGUACACAGUUUUAUUAAUGUACAGUAUUUGUAAACAUUAUAACUUGUAUUUUGAAGACAUUUUAUAUUAUUACAAUUGUGUUUUACUAUAUUGUGAUUCAUGAUCUGUUUAUACACCAGCCUCCACUUAUGGGUGCCCACGGGAGGAGUUAUAGAUGUUGACAAAUACAUUAAUAAAAACUUAAAAAUGUCAGUA